GCCAUCCAUCCUCUGCCAUUGAUUGAUCCCUGAUCAUUAAUAUUUAACUUGGCUGCUCUGUGUUUAACGAAUGGGAUGAGAUAAUCCCUUGGAUGGUGAGGAUCCAAAACCUUGUCCAGAACUUCAGGCAGCUGCUGCAGAGUGUUGGGGUUAUGGAACAGUUAAUGUUUUAAUUAAAAAAAUUAAUUUAGAGCAGAAAUGAAGAAUCCAGUGUGAAAUUGAAAUGGGAACCUGACAGCAGCAUUUUCAGAAAGAAUAUUUAUCUUCUUUUACUCUGGCUUUGAAAAAGUCUCAGGAAAUGGGCAAAGGAUGGGACUCAAACAGCAGCAGUAACCACAGCAACGGGUACAGAGAGUCUGUGACUUAAUCCUGUCAGCAUUCCUUGAAAAAUGGAGGGGGCCAGAGGUUUUGUUGCUUUAGCCUUGGAAAAUUAAAGUUCCCGGCUGUGGUUUCAUUCAGCAGUGUAGCAGGACCUUGUUCAGUCGUGGCAUAAAUCAAACACCUCACUAAGGCAGGAAUUCUGCUGCUCUUGGGCCAGUGAGGAGAGAAGCAGUGGCAGGGAAAAGAUGUUUUAUUUCAGCACAGAUGUGUGCAGGGAAAGGGCCAAGAAAUGAGGGGCAGUGAGAGGAUGGAGGUGCUGGGAAAUCUGCUUCCCAAAAUCCAUGAAGGCUGUACUUGAGUAUAGAAAUAUUUGUUUGGAGAAGAAAUUCCUCCCUGUGAAGGUGAGGAUUAGGAGCUGUGGCUGCCCCUGGAUCCCUGGAAAUGUCCAAGGCCAGGUUGGCAUGGUGGAAGAUGUCCCUGCCCACAGCAAGGGGUGGCACUGGAUUGUCCUUAAUGUCCCUUCCCACCCAAACCAUCCCAUGAGAGCAGGAGAGGGCAGAAAAACAACAACAAGGAGAGAAACCUUCACAGCUCUGCUGAAUUCUUGAGGGCUGAGGCACCAUGGAGCAGUACACAGCCAACAGCAGCAGCUCCACGGAGCAGAUCGUGGUGCAGGCAGGGCAGAUCCAGCAGCAGCAGCAGGGAGGUGUCACAGCUGUCCAGCUGCAGACUGAGGCCCAGGUGGCAUCGGCCUCAGGCCAGCAAGUGCAGACCCUCCAGGUAGUGCAGGGGCAGCCUCUGAUGGUGCAGGUGAGCGGGGGGCAGCUCAUCACCUCCACGGGCCAGCCCAUCAUGGUGCAGGCCGUGCCCGGGGGCCAGGGCCAGACCAUCAUGCAGGUGCCCGUGUCUGGCACGCAGGGCCUGCAGCAGAUUCAGUUGGUCCAGCCAGGUCAGAUUCAGAUUCAAGGUGGGCAGGCUGUGCAGGUACAGGGGCAGCAGGGCCAGACCCAGCAGAUCAUUAUACAGCAGCCCCAGACUGCAGUUACUGCUGGCCAGACACAGACCCAGCAGCAGAUUGCAGUGCAAGGCCAGCAGGUUGCCCAGGCUGCUGAGGGCCAGACCAUCGUGUACCAGCCUGUGAAUGCUGAUGGCACCAUCCUGCAGCAAGUUACAGUCCCUGUUACAGGCAUGAUCACCAUUCCUGCAGCCAGCCUGGCUGGAGCCCAGAUUGUCCAGACAGGAGCCAACACCAACACCACCAGCAGUGGCCAGGGGACGGUGACAGUGACACUGCCAGUGGCUGGCAACGUGGUCAAUUCAGGGGGAAUGGUCAUGAUGGUGCCUGGGGCUGGCUCAGUCCCAGCCAUCCAGAGGAUCCCCUUGCCUGGAGCAGAGAUGCUGGAGGAGGAGCCCCUGUACGUCAAUGCCAAGCAGUACCACCGCAUCCUGAAGAGGAGGCAGGCACGGGCCAAGCUGGAAGCAGAGGGAAAAAUCCCCAAAGAGAGAAGGAAAUACCUGCACGAGUCGCGGCACCGGCACGCCAUGGCCAGGAAACGCGGAGAGGGCGGGCGCUUCUUCUCCCCCAAGGAAAAGGACAGCCCUCACAUGCAGGAUCCAUCUCAAAGCAACGAAGAAGCAAUGACACAGAUGAUCAGGGUCUCCUAACCCCUGCUUCCAGGGCAAAACACCUGAAGGGAAUUCCCAUCCCUCCUGCCAGCCUGCCCUGCCUGCCCAGAGUGCCCAGUGACCCCUGGAGUGGGACAAUCUCCAUGCCACAGCCUGUCCUUUUCCACAGAGCAAGCACCACGUGUUGAGGACGUGCUUGAGGUUUCAACUCUUCCACCAGAACCUUUCAGACCUCCUUGGUGCCCUCUCCUGAUCCAGCACAGGGAAUUCAGAGUCCGAGUGCUCAUCUCUGGUUUUUCCUUCGUUUUCCCACCUCAGUCCCCGUGGCUGGUGCAGCUCAGCCCUGUCCAGGGACAGAUUCCAGCUCCUCCAGCAGCACUGAGCAGGGCUGGGCUUGAGAUUUGUUAUUCCAUCCACUCCUCACCCCUCUGGACUGGGUUUUCCCUGAGCUGGGCAUUGCUGUUGCACUUCUGGCCCUGGCAGAAACUGAAGGGGAUUCUUUUCAAUUCCACCCUGUAAAUGUGUAAAGAAGCUCUUCUCUGGGAAAGGUUCAGCCAUCCAAUCAAUGCUAGAAAUAGUCAAGAUUCCUGCAGGACUUGAUGUGUUGUGUCUCUGUUGCCAGUGGGGUGGGAGAGGGAGAUGUGGGGGGGGUUGGGUCAGUGAAUCAGUCUCUGGCUGGGUUUGGAUGUUCAUUGCCAGUCCUUUUGCUUUGGAAGAAAACUGGAUGCGAGUGUAGAAAGGAUUGAAACUUUUCAGUGACUCUCUUCCAAAGGAUUUUUUUUUUUUUUUUAAUUUUAUUUUUCUCACCUGCCAGUGAAAUCCAUGGUUCCUCCAAGAGAUGUGGAGCCCUCAGUGUCACAGAGGUGGCACUUGGCCAUGGCUGGGAUGGAGUUUCUGGUGCCUAAAUCAUUUCUGCAAUUCCAAGGGAUGAUUCAGGACAGCAGCAGCUGGGGCAGCUCAGCCUGAGCUCCCUGAAGGACUCAGCAGAUACUGAACCUUUCAUGCUUUUUAUAAAUUAAGCUCUUAAAAACCAAACAGAAGUGGCACUUAGCAAAGGAGCAAUACUUACAUUAUUAAAAAAUAGGAUUUCCCCAUGACCUACAGCUGGCUUUGUCUGAGCAUCUCCCCAGAACAGUUUUAAUUUGGAUUCUAAGCCUGUUCUAUUAUAAUUUGAAUUGUGGUGAUGGGAGCAGUAGUUACAAGCAUUUAACAGGUGAUUUCUCACCGUUGCACUGCUCACCUUGACGAGUUACACAGCUGCUCUGCUGGAGUCCCAGAAUUUCCAGGUUUUUGUGUCCUGUAGCUCAAACUGGAUCACAGCAGCACAAUUUGGGGUUGGGAAUGUGCUGGGUGAAUGGGAACCCGGCCAGGUGCAGCUGAAGAGUGAGGAAAAGCUGCCAAGGAUGGCUGAGACUGUGUCAAAUCCAGUGAGUGCUGAACUGAAGUGACAAGGAAAUGCAGCUGGGAAAAGAUGGAAGGAAAUACCAUUUCCAAUUUACUGGAAGCUCACGGCUAAAGACAAAGUGGAGGACAAAUCAAGAGGACACAAAAGAACAGAGCCUGGAAAAUGCCAUUUCCUUUGGAUGAAAUGAAAAUCCUAAACCUGAGAGAGGAGGAAAGUUGGAUCCUCGUUGUGAGCAGGCAGUGCUGGGGAGGAGGGAGCCUGUUGAGGUGGAAGGGCAGCAGGAGCCUCGGAGGGGUUUGGGGUUGGAUCUCCAAAAGCAGCUGAGCUCCUUGCUGUGCCCCUGCUCCUGUGAGGACACUCAGGGACACCUGCAGCUGCCCUGGCCCCUGGCAGGCAAAUAAAUCUCCUUUCUUUCAGCUUUCGUCCCAAGUCAGAUGAGCAACCUGACACUCUGCUCACAGCUCUUAAUUAGGAUUUAUUUCUGAUCAUUCCAAGGGCGUUUUUAACAUGGAUGGCAUCCUCAGGGCCUCUGGUUGCCUCUGCCUUAAACCCUUGUCCAGUUCCAGCACUGGUUUUGCUCAGCUGGCACCUGAAGCUCACCCAGCACUUCCUGGGCUCUCCCCAUUCCAGGAAUGUGCAGCUCUCCUUAAGGGAUUUGAGUUGAAUUUGCAGCAUUACUGUAAAUAUUUUUUUUUUUUUGAGCAUCUGUACAUUUUGUUGGUGGAAUAUUUGCUGGAGUAAAACCCUCUCCAUGAUAUUUUUUGCUCUUCGGUUGAUGCUAAAUCUGUCCUGAAACAUCUUUUUGAGAGCUGGAAAUUCAGGAAGCAAGAUUAUUGCUCUGACAUAGGUUUUGUUUCAUUUUUUUUAAAGAAAUAAUUUACUUUUCUUAAAGAACUUGUAAACUUUUUUUUCCCAAUAUCCCUUCAUAUCUAGGUUCUCUGAUCUGCUGUUGUAGGUUGUGUGUGAAGAAAUAUGGAUUUGUGUUCUAGAAAGUCUUACUGUUAAUGUUUUAAUAGUGAUGUGAAAGCCCAAGUGCUCCUAUUAUUUUUUUUUAUUUGUUUUGUGUUCUGUGUAUCACUGCUGAAAGUUGUGUUUAUUUGGUGAGGUUGGAGCCAGCAGUCAACACCACGGUACCAAAAAUAUUUGCUUUAUUUUCCAGGCAAAUCUGUGAAAACUGGAGAAAUGUCCAGUUCAAAACCUCCCUAGUAAUUAAAAUUCUUUAUAGAUUGGCUACACUUGAGUAAAAACUUCACUUUAGGAGUGAGUUUAACAUUCUAAAUUCCACUUUUGGAGUAAGGAUGAAAGAAGAAGUUUGGGGAAAAAUGUGUUUGAUUGACCCAGAGCAGUGAAGCAUCAAACCCAUCAAAACCCAGAGUUUUAGGAGUGUAAAGAUCAGGAUUUGGAAGAAAAUGGUCCUCAAGUGAUGCUAAAUGCAUGUUAAAAAGAGCUGAAAAAUCAACUUUUCUUUGUGGGAGGGUCCUGAGCUUAACGUAACGUCAGGCAAAGUUUGUACAUAGUUCAAAGUUUUUAAUUUUUUUUAUAUGAUGCAUUUUUUCAGGUGUAUUUUGGUCUUUAAUAGAUGCAAUUGUAAGUACUGUGUACACUCUCCAGCUAAUAAAAUUUAUAAACUG